CUAAUGUCUUCUCCAGCUAACUAGAGCGCGAUGCGCAGGCGUGAACUCCGUGACGUCCCUGAAGUCUAGCGCCUGCUCCUAUCCUGGCCGGGUAGCGGCUCGGUGCUCCCCCCUCCCUUUCUCGCUCUGUUCCACGCAUGCGUAUAGAGCUGUCUCCCGCGCAGUCACUUUGCGCCAAGUGCGCGGCCGCUGCUGGGGGAGGGGAGACGCACGUAAGCAACCGCGGAAGGAGUGGAGCGCCACAGUGACACCGUCACGGAGGAGUGUACCGUAUACAAACCCUACCGACUCAUCUUUCUCCCGACCCCCCCUCCCCCGUGAAAAGACGGGGCCAACAUGGCCGGAGCCCUGAUGCUUCCUGCAGACCGCAGCCAUCGCAGGAGGAGGGACCGGCGACCAGUCGGCUAGGCCCGGGAUAGGCCUCGCCAUAUCCCCGGAGCAGGGAGCGCCCCCUCCUUGGACUGUAUCCAUCUGAGGCCCUCCUGUCAUUCGGAUACCUCACAGGAGAGGCCGCAGGCCCUGUAGUGUCUCCGCCCGCCGCUCUCCGUUACUCGGUGCUUCAGGAUCUGAUCCCCCGGGGGGGAGGCCUCGGUGUCUUGAUCGCUUGUUCUGCAAGUCCCUGUGCGUCUUCACUGCGGUUCUUCCUCCGACACCCGGCCAUGGAGGCCAAGACCAUUGUGUACGAUCUGGACACGUCCGGGGGGCUGAUGGAGCAAAUCCAAGCUCUCUUGGCACCACCCAAGAGUGAAGAAGGCGAGAAGAAAAGCAGGAGGCCAGAAAAAGAGCCCAGGAGAAGUGGAAGGGCCACCAACCAUGACAGCUGUGAUAGUUGUAAGGAAGGAGGGGACCUCUUGUGUUGUGACCACUGUCCUGCUGCUUUCCACCUACAGUGCUGCAAUCCUCCCCUGAGCGAAGAAAUGCUGCCCCCUGGAGAGUGGAUGUGUCAUCGCUGCACCAUACGUAGGAAGAAACGUGAACGUAAGAAGGAACUUGGGCAGGUCAAUGGCUUGUUUGACAGAUAUGGGAGAAGGACCGUGUCACCCACUAGUGACAUGGAUUAUUCUGAAAGAGCUGCUGGCAGCUUCCGAGCCCUUGCCCAAGCCAAGAUGUUAGAGAGAAGGGUUAGCCGCCCAGGCACACCCACAUCUAGUGCCAGCACUGAUACACCCAACUCUGAGCAAAAUGACAUGGACGAGGACAUGAUAGAUGUGGAUGAAGAACCCUCUGUGGAUUCAGAGUACAGUCAUUCUCAACUCAAGAGACCAUUUCAGUUGCUUAUUGCUGCAGCCAUGGAGCGAAAUCCUACCCAGUUUCAGCUGCCCAAUGAACUUACCUGCACCACAGCACUUCCAGGCACCAGCAAACGUCGGAGAAAAGAAGAAAUGACAGGGAAAAAUGUUAAGAAAGCACAGCAUGAGUUGGAUCACAAUGGCUUGGUGCCGCUACCAGUUAAAGUUUGCUUCACUUGUAACAGGAGCUGUCGUGUGGCACCUUUAAUUCAGUGUGAUUACUGCCCUCUCUUGUUUCAUAUGGACUGCUUAGACCCUCCACUUACUGCCAUGCCAACCGGCCGCUGGAUGUGUCCCAACCACAUUGAGCACAUUGUGCUGAAUCAGAAGAAUAUGACCCUGAGUAAUCGGUGUCAGGUAUUUGACCGUUUCCAGGACGGCAUUUCACAGCAUGCGGUAAAGCUGGACUUUCUUAGCCGCAUACAUAAAAUACAUCCCCCAAACCGAAGGCAGCUGCCAUCAACCAGGAAAAAUACAGUCAAGGUUCCUGAAGCUAUCAAGGCCCAGUAUCAGUCACCUCCACAACUACUGCCUCCUGCAGGGAUACGUGAUGGGGAGCUAAUUUGCAAUGGUGUACCAGAUGAGUCACAAAAGCACCUACUGCACUCUGAGCACUUAGCUAACCAAACAGAGCAACAAGAGUGGCUCCGUAGUGUGGUUGCACUUCAGUGCAGCAUAUUGAAAUACUUAUCUGCUAAGCAGAUGCCAGCCUGGGGAUCAGAAGACGUUGACUCGUUGGAUGUGAAACCAGUCAUAUCGCCCGAUGGUUCAGUAUCCAACUCUCACCAGCACGCUGACGGCAAGCCUCAGUUUUCUCCAUCUUUAGGACUAUGUCCAAGCAGCCAGUCUACAACAUUGGAAGAAGAUGUUACUUACGUGGUUAAACCCCAUCUCACAGCCAGCAGUGGUACUUCCAAUGGACCUGCUGUAUCGGAGUCCAAAUCAAAUGGGCCUCACACUUAUAAUAUUAGUCCUAGCCCCACGGAACAGUUACAUGACCAUCAAAGACUGUCUGGAACUAGUCCUGGCAUUUCUGUUCUUUCUCACAGACAAACAAGGCCUCGGUCGGGCACUCCUCCCACAACAGUUCUCCCAAAUCAUGUAGUGAAGACAGAAGGCACGACAGGACCUGCACACUGCACUCAGAGGCUUCCAGGUCCUGCUCCUACACCCCCAAACUCUUGCACCAGUCCUGAGCUUACUAGCACUUUGUCAUGGAAACAUACCCAAACGCAGCCUGCUCCUCCACUCAGUCAACAUGAUUCCAGACCUGUUGGGUCCCCACUUUCCGGCACCCGGGCACUUACACCUCCACAGGCAGCUGGGGGUGAUCUUGCCUCUGCAGCCCCUGGUGCAUCCAGGCUUUGUGUAGCAGCUCCUCCCACAGAUGGUAAAGUCCGACCCAGUACUUUGAUAAUCGAUGGGGCCUCGACUGGUUCUUCGUUGUAUACAGUAAACUCCUCAGCGAUGACCGACCUUACUAAUUCUCUUAAAUCAUUGAUGGAUGGAAACGGAGAGAUCCAGAUAAACCUGCUGGAUGAGAAGCUGGUAAAAUUUUUGGCCAUGCAGAGAAUCCAUGAGAUAUUCUCUUCCAAAGAACAUCCUGUAGCAAGUGCCACCCGUCCUCCGCCAACUCCUUCACUUGGACAUCAUAUGGAAGCCCAGAGAAGAGAUGUACAGGCCAGGGCCGUGUUUUACCCCUUGAUGAUGGGUACUGGGGCUCCCGUCAACAUGUGCUAUCGGACUCUUUAUAUCGGCACAGGAGCAGACAUGGAUGUGUGCCUUACAAAUUAUGGUCAUUGCAACUAUGUUUCUGGCAAGCAUGCUUGCAUAUUUUAUGAUGAGAACACAAAGCAUUACGAGCUGUUGAAUUACAGCGAACAUGGAACGACUGUUGAUAACGUUCUUUAUUCCUGUGACUUUUCUGAGAAGAUCCUCCCUACCCCUCCCAGCAGUAUUGUUGCCAAAGUGCAGAAUGUUAUAAAGCACCGCAAGAGCCAAAACACAGAGCCAGAGCCGGUUAAGGAAGAGGCAGUCAUGAACUCACGUGCACAAGGUCCCCAUGUCCAGCCGUGUAACUGCAAAGCUAGCAGCUCCAGUCUUAUUGGAGGAAGUGGAGCCGGCUGGGAAGGCACUGCUCUCUUACACCAUGGAAGCUACAUUAAGUUGGGCUGCAUUCAAUUUCUGUUCUCUAUCACAGAGUUUGCAACAAGGCAGCCCAAGGGUGAGAGUGAGGCCUUAGUACAAGACCUGGACUUGGAAGACAAGUUAUCUCUGAAGUCACCUCACCAGGUGCCAGUUUUACGAUCCAACUCUGUUCCUUAGGAGACGUACACUAGAACUCUUACAAGACAAAGAACUCUUCCUGAAAUUCAACCUACGUGUCAGAGCAAACAUGUCCAGUGGCCCCUUGGAAACCAUGUUUCGGCCAGAAAGAGUUUGCACAUUUGCAUGAUAUGAAGAAACUUCACCUUUUUAUUUUUGUUUUUUCCUCUGCUCAUUUUAGGGGCAUUUGCACAUAUAUUUCUAUCAUACAUUUCAUAUAUUAUAAAUAUAUAUAAAUAUCUAUUUUUUUUUAUUCUAAGACUCAAACAGCCCUUCUUCCUGUAGCGAGUUUACCUGGACAAGAUUGCAAUGUUUGGAGACCAGAAAAAACAGAAUUUAGAAUUUUUCUUUUCUUUUUUUUAAUUAUUUUCCGUUCUUCAUGCCAUUGUAAAUGAAUAAGACACAACAAGCUCAUACCUGUUUUUGUGCCAGUGACAAUUUUUUAUAUAGCAUUUCAGGUUCCCACUAAACAGGAUUAAUUUUGUUACAUGUAACUACUUACAAAUGUCCCACCCGAUUCUGACCACCGCUCCAAUAAACCUCUUCAUUGUAACAGCGAGUACAGCAUUCAGCAUUUUGUACAUACACAACAGAUGGCUGCCCUUUUUUCCCUGGAUUUUUUUUUUUUUUUAUAUAUAUAUUUUUUUUAAUGUAUACAGUGCUGCGUGAUAUGCCUUUUGGCUCCCGUCUGUUGUAACAAAGGUUUUUGUUGUAUACUUGUUUGUCCCCCUUUUUGUUUUUAUUUUUAAUGUAAUACUGCCACUUCUCUUUGAGGAGAUUGGACGAGCUAGAUUCAAUGUAAAUAUAAUUGUAUCGUUUUAGAUUUUACAAAACCUUUUUUCCUGUAUUCUGUAUAUAUAAAAAGUUGAUUCUUUCUGAGCUUGUGUGUAAUGGCUUU